AAACGAGUAGUUCAUUUCAACAGUUCGAUCGUAGAACAAAACGACACAGUUAAAAAAUGUUCAUGUUGAAAAUCUGGCUGCUCAUCGCUUAUUUUGCUUGCAACAUUCUGACGGUACUCGGUGCUGAUAAUAAUUGCCCCAUGCCCUGUCCGCACAUUAUGGAACCAGUCUGCGCUAGUGACGGUGAAGAAUUCAGAUCCUUCUCGAACCGCUGCUUGCUACGAGCUUACAAUGAAUGCGAACGAGAAAGAGAUAGAGAAGCUUUUGGGGAGGUCGAUUCAAACAACUGUGAGGACCAACAGUGGUUAUAGACAUGCUACCCAUUCACACAAUUCAGCAGUAGGAAGUAUGGCGGAAAUGCUAUAAACUAUCAUUGUUCAACCUAAGACUGUAUUGCUUGUCUGAAACAAUCAAAAAUAGAAUAUUAAAAUGUCUCGUGUUUUUAAGUACGUAAA